AUGACGGAACGCGGGUCCUCGGUCCUUGGUCUUGAGGAGUCGGAACAGGCGACUCGAAAUGGCCAUGGCGCGGACCCCAAGCCACCGAUGCACCGGUCCGAAGAAUCAUUACAUGCGCUGUCUCUAUUAAAUGACAAACCAGAGCCUCGACAGGCAGCACAAACUAGCACCAAGCAGGCUCCCAAAACUGCGGCCGUGGAGAUCUCCGAAGCACAAGCAACCCUCCGACAAGCUUUCCCUCACGUCUAUGCAUCCGGCCGAGCACCAUCCACCCGUUCGUCAACAAGUUCUUUACAGGCUCUUAACGAGGAUAUCGUGGUCGAUGUUCGGUCGGAACAAGGUGGGGUUGGUCGCAGUCCUCGUAGGGCAUCUCGACACUCCGAAAACACCCCCGAGUACCCAGUAUACCCCGACCAGUCCUAUGCCUCCCUCCAGUCCCAGAUCCAUCCAACCUACCAGCUCCCGCAUCUCGGAUCACGCAGCUCCUACCCGUCACAGACAGAGCCGGCGCCCCGCUUCCAUCGCGCAGCUCGUACGGCCGGAAACACCCCCAUGUCGAGUCCAGGUCUCUUCUCGAUGAGAAGUCACCGACACACUGCAUCUUUGGGAUCCGAUGAUGGAAGUGUGAUUACCGGUCCUUUACUUCACCCAUCCCAUCUGCAACCACCGAAGGAAACCCACACCGCUGAAGUGGAUCGAGAUCUGGUCACCGGGAACAAACUUAUCAACCAGUAUGAGAUUUUGGAGGAAUUGGGACGAGGAGAGCAUGGCAAAGUGAAACUCGGUCGUCAUAUCACCACCAAACAACAGGUUGCCAUCAAAAUCGUUCAGCGAUACUCAAAACGACGUCGACUUGGGAAGCUGGGCAAUCCCGAAGACAAGGUGAAGAAGGAGGUCGCGAUCUUGAAGAAGGCCCGCCAUCCCAAUGUUGUCAGCUUACUCGAGGUGAUCGACGAUCCCAACAGGCAAAAAGUUUACAUUGUGUUGGAGUAUGUUGAGAAUGGAGAGAUUGUCUGGCGGAAAAAGGGCUUGCGAGAGAUUGUUCAUGUCGACAAGCUACGUCUGGAGCGAGAGAUUGCCGGCAUACCUGAUACACCGGCAUUCGUAGAAGAGAGCCAGCAAUUUAUUCGAACGGCGCAACAUCUGCGCCGUCAACGACAAAGGGCUAGGGAAAGGGUUGAAGCGCAGGCCGCAGAUGCACAACAAGGACCCAUUCCUGCCUGGAGUCUGGAGCAUGGAGCAGACACCUCGGAUGAAGAAGAAGACGAAGAAGGCCUCGGGCUGCCAAUCAGGCGGCCAUCCACUCGAUCGGUUGCAGUCACAGAUUCAUCUCCCAGUCAAUCCUCUGCCCACGACUCAGCCUUGUCCGCGGUCGAAGGUACCAUGUACGGUGCUUACGCAGAUUUUCCCUUUGAAAGACGCUUCAGCACAGCAUCCAGUAGCCUCGGCUAUGCUCCAUCUGAGCCUGAAUGGUCCGCCGAUGCGGAUGACUUGUCUUAUGUCCCUUGCUUGACUAUUCCCGAGACUCGCAACGCUUUCCGAGACUCGGUUCUUGGACUGGAAUAUCUCCAUUUUCAGGGUAUCAUUCACCGUGAUAUUAAGCCUGCCAAUCUAUUAGUCACCAGCAGCUAUCGCGUUAAAAUUUCCGACUUUGGCGUUUCAUACCUGGGACGGCCAUUGCACGAUGAGGAAGAGGAGCAACUGGGCGAAGGCGAGACCGACGCAACUGAGCUGGAUGAUGCCCGUGAGCUGUCCAAAACCGUCGGCACCCCUGCAUUCUACGCCCCGGAGCUAUGCUACACUGGCGAUGACUUUUUGGAAGAAAUUGGGUCGGUACCCAAGAUCACGGGGGCCAUCGAUGUCUGGUCUCUGGGAGUCACCUUAUACGGGAUGGUCUUUGGCCGUCUUCCCUUUGUCUCUGAUGACGAGUAUAGCAUGUUUCAGACGAUUGUGAAGAAGGAUGUAUUCAUUCCACGCAAGCGCCUCGUUCCUGUCAUGGAUGAAACAUUAGACGUCGGUCAGAAAUUCUGUCGUAAUAGUGAUGAACUUGUCUACGAAGACAUCGACGAUGAACUGUACGACUUGCUUCGCCGCCUGUUGACCAAAGAUCCUUUCAAGCGCAUUACUUUGAAAGAGAUCAAACACCACCCUUGGACUCUACACGGUCUUCCCAAUCCACGCGCAUGGGUUGAAGAGAGCGACCCAGGCUAUCAAAGUAAGGGGAAGAAAAUUGAGGUCUCUAGUGAGGAAGUCACCAGCGCUGUCAGCAAAGUGCCAUUCAUUCAGCGUGUUCGAUCCAACGUCGCAAAGUGGUUUGGCGGCCGAUCCUCCAAGGAUAAGGAGGCUCGCAAGCGAUCGGGUAAUAAUUCUUCGGAUACGUUGUCUUCGGCGGCCUCGAGCAUGAUGACAUUUGCCAAAACUCCGUCUGGUAGUCGCCGGUCAAGUUUAAAAGGGGAUGAGGACAUCCGAUCAUCCAAGUUCAUUCAAGGAGAACACCCAUUGGCCCAGAGCGUCACAGCAAGUCCCGUGGAAGAAUCUUCUUGGGGUAACUACUUUGAUAAUGCAUCAUUCCUCCCCGAUAUUAAUAAGAUUUCUGCUCUGUCGAGUGUGACACCUCGACCUGGCCCUCCUCGGCGCGCCAAGUCCUCAAUGUCUACUGCGGAGUCAACAAAGACGGUCAAGCAGUCCAACUUCGACGCUACGCCGACAAACCGACCGCGGACCGGAACUCCCUCGAUUAUAGAAGCUUUGGGGACAACUGGCUUUGGUAGCUUGUUCACUGGUGCACAUCGACGUGACUCGCGUGGCUCCUACGGCAGCCGGAGUCGUCGAACAUCCCCCUCUGGAGAUGCAAUUUCUUUGGAUGGAGAUCGUCGGUCCGAGCCCAGCCUUGCCGUGAGCACUGCUUCUGCUGUGGGCCAUCUACGAACAACAGGCUUAUGGCACGCCGCAAGCCCUGCACCUUCCCGCGUCCCGGCUAUGGCAUCUGGGCACCGGCGUAAUCGCUCUCAUCAGCUUACCGCCAACUCCUCUGCGGACUCAUUCCACCUCACCAAGGAGGCGCUUUUACGCCGCCGAAGGAGCGAUAUCGAGCCCAGCGCAGAUAAUGCACUUUCUACUCACAUUGAGAGUGCAAUGGUUUCUACCGACUCUCUCCACUUGCCGAAUUUGGCUCCUCCCCGGGAUACUCGAUGUCCCGCUGAUCCUCCUCGUCAACGCCUCUCUGCCUCCACUCCAUCCGCUGCUACCAUUUCCUCCUCUUCUGCCGACGAUUUUACGAGUGGCAUGUCUCAGAGUGCUUCUCAUCCUAGUAUCCCGUCUGUUGUUUCCGGUGCUUCGUCUCUUUCUGGCGAUGGCUCUUACCUGCAAUCCAAAGAUAAAGAUUCUAGUGACUCAACGACAGUGCCCUCUAUUCUUCGAACAGGAGAGACAAUCAAAGCACACGCUCAAGGCUCUCCUCGCCCAUCUGAGGAGGAUGAGUCUAGAUACUACUGUGACGAUGAAGACGAGGACGAAGAGUCGGAAGAAGAAAUCCUUGUGAUUGGAAAGAAGAAGCCAUCUACCAAAGCCCCAAUUCCUACUGGCAAGAAAGCCAGUGUCUAA